AUGAAUGUCGCUGCCCAGCCUGUUGAAAAACAACACAGCAUCUCUAAGAAAAAUCCUAAAGAGAUCCAUGCUAUACCUAAAUCUGAAGCACAGGAGGGUCCAAAGAUAGAAGCAGUUUACACCCUAGAGGAGUCCUUUGACCAGGAGUGGUGUGGAAGUCUAAAGCAGGGUACAGAGCUGACAUGUGUUAAAGAUGAAGAGGUCCCUCGACUGGAAUGUGUUCCUAUUAAAGAGGAAUUCAUAGAACAGGAAUGUGUCCCCAUCGCAGAGGAAGUUCCUGCUGAAAAUAAUGUCUGUACACUUGAGGAGAACAAGAAGCUGGGAUCCAGCCUGUGUGAUGAUUGUCCACCUGAAUGUGAACUGGGAUUUAGAGCUAAAGGAAAUCUCAAAGGAGAGAAAUCUCAUCGCUGCACAGUGUGUAGGAAGAUAUUCAGUCGUUUAUCACACCUUAAAAAACACCAGCACAGUCACAGAGGAGAGAAACCUCAUCAGUGUUCUGAGUGUGGGAAGAGUUUCAGUCGUUUAUCACACCUUAAAAAACACCAGCACAGUCACAGAGGAGAGAAACCUCAUCACUGUUCUGAGUGUGGGAAGAGUUUCAGUCGUUUAUCACACCUUAAAAUCCACCAGCGCAUUCACACAGGAGAGAAACCUCAUCACUGCACUGAGUGUGGGAAGAGUUUCACAAAUUUAGGAAAUCUUCAGUCACACCAGCGCAUUCACACAGGAGAGAAACCUUAUCACUGUACUGAGUGUGGGAAGAGCUUCAGACGGAUAGAUAGCUUGAAAGCGCACCAGCGAACUCGCAGUCACUUAUCACACCUUAAGACACCAUAAAAUGGUUUUGAAGGAUACAAGAGAAUCCACAGAAUUUCAGCCACUUGAGGACACCUAAACACCAGGAGUAAAUGUGAAUAAAAUAUAGAAAUAUUUACUGCAAACAAAAGAAUAAACUUACUUGAAAUAGGUUUAUUCCUAAUCACUUUAGAUCAAAAACCUACACUCACGGAUGGGACAUGAGAACUACAUGGGGGUGAAUA